AUGACUCUAUCUUCCAGAAAGUUUAGAUUCCAUGUGUUAGCUCCUCAGGUUUUGCAAAGUGGAAUUCCCAAUUCACAUGAGAUUGUAUUGAAAAAUAUGGUUGUUGCAUUGGAUCGUAUAUUCUUGGAUGUCGAGGACCCUUUUGUCUUCUCAUCUUAUCACAAAGCUUUGAGAAAGCCAUUUGAUUGCUAUGACUUUGGUCAAAAGUAUAUCCGUCUAUUGAUUGAUUUUAGGAAAAUGAAGGCUGCUUUAGCAGCUUUUGAUACAACUGUUGAUUGCAGUAUGACUUUCUUUGAUAUUGCUGAAGUUUAUGGAUCUAAGGAAAGAAAAGUAAAGCAUCUUGAAAUGGAGGUAGCUGUUACAACCAAGUAUGCAGCUUUGCCAUGGAGGCUUGGAAGUCAAAGUGCUCUAAACUGCCUUAAAGAUUCCCUCAGCCAUCUUGAACUCUCUUCAGUAGAGCUAUAUCAACUAAAUUGUGUAACAAAUGAGAUUGCCAGUGGAUGUGGCACUGUUGGUGGUGGUUUCAGUGGUUGGGGUUUGGUGGUAGUGCAGUGGCUCUGUUUGACAUUUGCUCAACCAGGCUAG